CCCUGCCUCCACCGCCACUACUACUACCACCACCACUACCACCACCACCACCACCACCCCACCCUCGCUUCGCCAUCUCCGACCGCUGUUGUAAAGCGAUGGAGCCGUAACCAACCUCAGUGUGCUGAAGUGAGCCGAGCGUGUGAAGCCGCGGCGGAUACGAGGAGACAGCUGAGACCAGGCGGCUAUGGAGGAGAAGCGCAGCGAGGCUGGAGUCUAGUCUGCACGCAAAUCUACUGACCCACUCGUCCGGAUUACUUUUUGCCACAUUUUUUGAACUCUGCUGCCACUGUUAGAAACAGGGACUUUAUAUAUAUUUUUUCCCACCCGAUCAUCUUAGGCUACCACCGCUCGGUGAGGAUGCAGGGGAAGGAGGCGAGCUUUUGCACGGGAUGCUGGAGACUAACGCUGCUGUCGUGCGUCCUGGCUCUGCACUUGAUCCCGCCGGCUGUCCACGGAAACGUUGUCGGGACCAAUGUCACGGUGCCGGACAGCACGACCAAUGUGACCUCCCCCCUCAGCGAGGAGGAAGGGCCUGUUAAGGUUAACGACGUCGUCGUCACUGUAACCGGGAUGAGCAGUUCGGCCAGUCCCGACGCCAUCAGCACUGUGACCCAGAGGGCGGGCCGCGUCCCCCGUGCCGGCGAGGAGGAGGAGCAGAGCAGCGGCAUGUUUGGCGAAUCGGUGAUUCCUGCGGUGGAGGAAGUGGGCGUGGCAGCCCCGCCGCAGCUCAGCCCCGAUUCGGCCGAGACGGAGCACCUGCUGCCCAGCACCCCACGUAAACAGGAUGCCAUGGAGGGCGAGGAGGAGGAAGAGGAGGAGGAGGAGGAGCGUCUGCAGCACACCGACCCACCUUGGAUCCACGCCAAGGACACAGCCGUGUUUGACCUGGACCACCUUUUCACCACCACUGCCCCGCCCCCAGCGAACCCCUCUAACCCCGACAUCCUCCAUGUGGACUUUUUCGACCCUUCCUCCCGUGGGCGCAAUCUGGACCUGGCCCCGCCCUCUCCUUCAUCACUGGCCCAUGAGCUGCAGGGCGGUGACCCGACCUCCUGGGCGAUGCCGGACAACUACGACUACCUCACGCCCUAUGAGGACGGCGUGUCCCCCACACCCGACGAGUACACCUACAGCACCACAACUGACGCCUACGAGAGCGACGAAGACCUCCGACUGUCUACCGGGUCUCGCUCCAGGCCCCAGGUCCCGGGUUCUGGCCCGUUCAUCCCAGGGGCGUCACUCCCUGGUGCGGGAGCGCCGGUACCUAACAAGCCUGUGGCGGCUCCUCCGGCGGCCUCACCAGUGGACGGGUCAGACGGGCUGGGCGGAUGCCGCGUGGGCUACCAGAUGGUGAACGGAAGCUGCCGCUCGCCCUGCGACUCGCUGCCCAACUUCUGUUUCAACGGGGGACAGUGUUACCUGCUGGAGGGCAUGGGAGUCUUCUGCAGGUGUAACGUCCAGGAUUACAUCUGGCACAAAGGUGCUCGCUGCGAGUCGGUGGUGACCGAGUUCCAGGUGAUGUGUCUGGCCGUGGGCGCCUCGGCUCUGGUGGUCCUGCUGCUCUUCAUGAUCGUCGUCUGCUUCGCCAAGAAGCUCCAUGUGCUCAAGACGGAGAACAAGAAGCUGCGCAAGCGCAGCAGUAAGUACCGGCCUUCAUCGGAGCAGCACAAUGAUAAUUUCUCGCUGUCCACCAUCGCUGAGGGCUCCCACCCAAAUGUAAGGAAACUGUGCGACACCCCUCCUAACGUCCCUCAUGCCCGUGCAUUGGCUUACUAUGAUAACAUUAUCUGUCAGGAUGAUCCUAAUUCCCAGAACAAGCUGGAGGACCCGGUGAAGGCCUCGCCCAAGGAGGACGACUCCCUCAACAUCCACAACUCUCUGACCCCCAAACACGAGAACCACAAGGUCCUGGGCGAGGAGAACUCCUCGGAGGUAAACUCACUGCAGAACAACAUGAUGUGAAAACAAAAAACAACACAACCCCAGCAACCACACCGAAAACGUCAAGGUGCGCCGGCAACGGGAGUCCCCCUCCACCCCCCCCUAAAAAACCCCCCCUCCCUGCUCUCUCUCCAACCCGCUGCCGAGUGCGCCUAACCGGUCAACCAACCGACCAACCAACCAACCAACCGACCAGCCUGUCAACGUACCAGCCAAUCAACCCAGUCUGCAACCGUCUCUGACACGGCAACACUGCCACCAAGCGGCCCGGGCCGCUGCAAAAAAAAACUUACACCACCACCACCACCGCCGCCGCCACUGCCCAAGCUGAGAGUAACCCCGCCAGCCUCACCCCUGCCGCCGCCUUGCAACAAACCCCCCCCCCUUACAUCCACUCACUCCCCUGUUUCGCAGCCCCGCCCCCCUUGUUGCUGUCACUCUACUCUCCCUUAUCUCCCUUACCUGCACACACACACACACACACACACACACACACACACACACACAGAUACAUACACAUAGUGAACAUACACACACAGUAAAAAGAUGAAAACAUAAACACACUUAUAUGUAAACACACACACACACACACACACACACACACACACCUUCCCCUGCCUGCAUUGGUGUAUUUUGUAAAAAGAAAGAAAUCAUACAGAAGUUUAAAACGUACGUAAAACGUCAUUGUAAAAAAAAAAAAAAAAAAAAAACAUUAAGAUAAAGCUACUGAGAGGUUUUGAUGUUUGUCUGACUAAUCCAGUGAGUAUGUAUAAAUAUUGGGAAAAAAAAUUGCUUGGAUUGAUUUAAAAAGAAGAAACACAAUGUGUCUUGGUUUUCAUUGCUGUGAUUUCUAAUCCUUUGAUGUACUUGUUUUUUUUGUUUUUUGGUUUUUUUUUUUCUUUUUCUUUUUCUUUUUUUUUGUACUUUUUUGGGACUUCGAACCGAGAACAAACAAACAAGAUUCAGACAGUUGUUGAAAUAAACCUUUUUAACAUGA